UCUUUUUAAAAUCAGUAAUUUCGAAUCAUUAACAUUCAAAGUGUUUUAAGGAAUAUCCAAUCCCCUUGUACAUAAUAACGAUAAGUGUUUUGAAUGUAACAACGCGUCUUUUGCAAGCAGCUUGACGAUGGCAACAGAGAAGGACAAGUCAAACAACGAAAUUCAGGAGCAGGCUUCAACGCCGACUGCUUUAACACCGGCGCCACAGUCUACAACGGUGGAUAAGCAGUGGGGUCUAAACGGACGGUUAGCGUUUGCUAUUGCGGCUGCUGCGCUUGGAUCAUCCUUCCAACAUGGGUAUAACACUGGUGUCGUUAAUGCACCUCAGGAGCUUAUCGAGAACUGGAUCAGUAACUUGAAAAUGAAUCGUACCGGUGUGCCAACGAAACAGUCGGAAGUAACGAUGAUAUGGUCGAUAGCAGUGUCGAUAUUCUGCGUUGGUGGGAUGAUCGGCGGUUCUCUGGUGGGUUCGAUAGCCGAUCGUUUCGGUAGAAAGGGUGGUCUGUUACUGAACAACAUCCUGGUCCUCCUCACAGUCAUUUUCGAGGGUUGCGCCAAGGCAGCGAAGAGCUACGAGAUGAUAAUCAUUGGAAGAUUCCUAAUCGGUAUCAACGCUGGAUUGAACGCUGGACUAGCACCCAUGUAUUUAGCCGAGAUAUCGCCUAUUCAUCUGCGAGGAGCUGUUGGCACCGUUUAUCAAUUGGUUAUCACCAUGUCUAUUCUGGUGUCGCAGAUCCUUGGUCUGGAACAAGUUUUGGGUACGGCUGAUCAGUGGCCGCUUCUUUUAUGCUUGACGAUCGUUCCCGCAAUCUUCCAAGUAAUUACGCUUCCAAUGUGCCCCGAGAGUCCGAAAUACUUGUUACUGGGCAGAGGAAAGGACAUGGAGGCUCAAAAAGCUUUGUCUUGGCUGCGGGGCACGAUCGAAGUUCACGAUGAGAUGGAGGAAAUGAGAGCGGAAUAUGAAUCAGUAAAGAUGGUGCCAAAGGUCACGCUGAAAGAACUGUUCGUAAAUUCUGCUCUUAGGAUUCCACUGAUAAUUGCGAUUAUGGUGAUGUUUGCGCAGCAACUGUCUGGCAUAAACGCCGUUAUGUUCUUCUCAACAAAAAUCUUCACUAUGGCGCAGCUGGAUAAGAACUCGGCACAAAACGCAACGAUGGGUGUCGGGGCGAUGAACGUUCUCAUGACAUUCAUUUCUUUGAUUCUCGUCGAAAAGGCUGGAAGGAAAACACUGCUACUAAUUGGCUUCACCGGAAUGUUUAUAGAUACCGCUUUACUCGCGGUUUGUCUCGCUUUCGCUGAUUCGUCUCGCGCAGCAGCUUACAUGUCGAUCAUAUUGGUAAUCAUGUUUGUAGUCCUGUUUGCGACUGGACCAGGAAGUAUUCCUUGGUUCUUGGUGUCUGAACUCUUUAAUCAGUCUGCAAGACCGGCGGCCACGUCUGUUGCUAUCGCGGUCAACUGGACAGCGAAUUUCAUCGUCAGUAUCGGAUUCCUACCGUUGCAAGAGUCAUUAGGUGCUUACGUAUUCAUUAUUUUCGCCGUGCUACAAGCGUUUUUCGUCGUCUUUAUUUACAAGAAAGUGCCCGAAACGAAGAACAAAACGAUGGAAGAGAUCAGUAGCAUGUUCCGACAAAGAUCCUACCAGUAAGAGUUUGUUCGCGCGCGUUGUCGUUGCGCAGAAGAAUUUCAAUUAUAUAACUAUUUUUUAAUGGAACGUUUCCGUAGACGAAUGAAUCGAGCGCAGAUGUGAAUUUCUUUGAAGAACCCCCGUGACUUGACUACAUUGAAUGUUUUAGCAACAAAAUCAAAGUAUUAAAUAUUUUUAGAGGAAACGUUAGAAAAGUUUGUAUAUUUUUAUCUUUUGACGAAUCGAACGAAUCAACGCAAUUACGCCAUGGAAGCAGUCUACAAGUUGCUAAUGUCGUCGUAGAUAACUGUCGAGUCACGCGUAUGUUUUUCAAGAAGUUUGAUUUUUAAGUAAAGUUAAAUCUAGUUCCUAUUACUACUGGCACAGUAAACUUAUCGUACCAAAUGGAAAAUAUCAGGUUACAAACGACAGACUCAAUGUUGCGCACUGCUAUUCGUUUAGUGUAACAGAUUUACUUGUUCCUUUUAACAUUUUUUAUUUGCAUUGUCCAGUUUUGAAUCACACAUUCUAGAUCGCAACCCUUUAGGUUUAGAAGAUAAUAUACAGCUCAACUUUGUACAGACAUAUGAAAUAUACUUUGAAUACGAAAAUAUUUAACACACCGAAAAACAAAUGUGGGAGAAAAUAUUUCAGCUUGUAUGCGUAAUUACGCUAGGAAAUGAACCGAUAGUAAUUUUAUGUUACAUUUGCUAUGACACAACUUCACUUGAAAAAUAGUUAGGGAACGAUAUUAUUUAACUGUGUUGAUACUAAACAUUAUAACUCUAGUCAUAAGAAUACGAUUUUUUUGCAUUGCAGUAACAUCCAAGAAUUUCCACCGUAACGUACUGUUUUUUUCUAAAACCGUUACGUAUUUCCCGCAAUUAAAAGUGUUCUUCUUAAUAAAAGUUUAGUUUCUCGUAACUGCACUUUUAUCUGCUGCCAAAAGUUGGGUAAAUUGGCCUAGAUUUCUGUUCAAAACAUUUUUUCAAAUACAAUGUUAUCCUUAUGCAAAAAAACGAACACAUACUUAUAACAGGAAAUUUGGUAGAGCUCGUGAGAUUCAUUCUAAGAACUUCACUAUUUUAAAACAAACAUUUUCAACGAAAAGUUUUUAGUUUUCUUUGUUGCAUGUACAAAUUUACACGAACAUACUUUAGUAUGUGUAUUAGGAGAGAAAUUUUAUCGAAAUGGAAAAAUGAAAAGCACUACAUAUAGCAAUUGUACAUAGAAAUAUACGUAAAGUAGCAUCAUACGGCAUAGCAAAUAAUUAUAUUUAUGUAUGCAUGUAAUUAGUUAAUGUUUAAAUACUGUAAACCGUUGUUAUUAUAUUUAUUAGGUAUUUAAUGAAUGUCAUGUAAACGGGAACUCGCGGCCGUGUUAAAAUAUUGUAUGCAUAGUUUAGGAAAAGAGUGCGUUGUCAUGUCGUUAACUACGAAUCGACGAUGCAAAUUUUUAUUUA